AUGGCGAAUGUCAUCUCGUAUGCCGCUGGAGCUUUCAUCACCACAAUAUCGCACCCCUUGGGCUACGCCAAAGUGCUAAUUCAGCUCGGCCAUGAACCUUUGAUUCCAUCUUUAUCCAAAGAACUACUAACACGCAAGGAGAGAUGGUACUAUCCAAACAUUUUCAAAUACAUUGGCCACAUCAAGAAGAGGGAUGGUUUCCUUGGUUUGUGGAGAGGAUUAGUGCCACAGUUAACAGAGAGUCUGGUCCGGACAUAUGUCACACACACCCUGACUGAGGAACUUAAGAAACAGUUUCCAAUAGAGGAAGAGGAAAAAAGCUCGGAACUUGUCGUAUUUCUAAGACAUUUUGGAAUUAAGACAUCAAGAGAAGUGACAGCUAAAUGUGUUGCCAUUUUCUGUAGUCAUCCAUUUCAAGUUAUUGCAAUUAGAACCAUGGCUCAGUUUAUUGGAGAAGAAACCAUGUACAAUAACAUAUUUUCAUCGAUAUCAGAAAUCUACAGAAUAGAAGGCUUUUCCGGGUUCUAUGCUGGCCUUGUACCAAGGUUAAUAGGAGAAGCCAUUACAAUAUGUCUUAUAAACUUCAUCUCAGAUCUCAUCAAUGAAUACCUGAUAGAUGACAAGGAAUAUAAAUCCUAUACAACAGUGGCCUGUAAUUUUGCUGUAUCUCAGAUCACCUACCCAUUUGUUUUGGUCUCUAGAAUCAUGUGUGUCAACAACUCUGGUUUGGCAGCUGCAUCCCCUCCCUAUAUGAUUUACUACGCAGACUGGCGAGACUGCUGGACCAAUCUCAAAAAGACUGGUGAGUUGAAUAGAGGAUCUUCAAUGUUCUGGAGAGCAUGUCCAAGCCUGGAUCGACAUAAUCAGAUGUAUAACCCGCCCAUCGACUCAUACAGGAAAUAUGCCAGCUUCUAAAAGCGAGGGAUCAACAGACCAAAUAUACAAACAAACUUUUAAAUGUGAACUACACACCAAAUAUACAAAAUGACUGAGCUGGCCUAAUAGAAAAGUUCAAUAGUAAAAGUCUAUAUCUGAUACUACUGUUAAGAAAUAAAGGUAUUAUUGUACGGUAACUGCAACUCAGUAUUAACAAAGGGGGAAAACUCAGCAACCCUCUCCUAGUAGACUGUGAUGAUAUAACCAUAUCAGAAAUUGUGAUGACUACAUAUUAAGAAAUGUAUAAAUGUUCAUGGAUUUCAUUUCUCAAACCGAGAUUUCAGAUGCCAAACGUUGAAGAUGUUAAAGAUCUGUUAAUAAUUUUAAACUGGUAUUUUGGUGCAGAAGUUUUGAAAUUUGCCAAGAAUGGAAUAUUUUUUUUUUUUGUGGUCAGUGAUCAUGACAGUUGCAAUUUUUUCUUGUAUUCAUUGAAGGAUCUGUGAAGUUAUUUUUGUAAAAUUGA